AUGAACAAGCAAACUCUUAUUAUUUUAGGGCUAUUGAUUUCUACGGCUUUUUGCCUCUUUGAAAACGAUAAUCUUGUAAAACCUAUUACAACAUUAGAAUAGAUUGAACAAGUACGUAAUGGAGGUGUUGAUCGCUUGUCUGUGGUAAUUUACUGGCAUGAAGACAGCACCUAAACACCCACUAUUGAAAAACCAAUUUAUGAUCUAGCUUAAUAAUAUGAAGGAUUUUUUAGCAUUUAUUAAGUUGAUUGUGAAUUUUUCUCUGAAGAAGAAAUAAAAUAUUGUGGGCAUGAAAACACUGUUAGAGAUUUACCAGUUGUUGAAAUAUUUGCUCCUCCAUCUUCAAAGACCAAUCCCAUUACUAAAAAACCAAAUGAAGUUAAAGUUUUGAAAUAUGGUGGUAGUAUCGAUGCAAAGUCUAUCUCCACAUUUGCUAUUCCUCACAUGCCAAGCUAUGUUAUUAGAAGACCCUCUCUUUCUUAACUUUCAAAAAAUAUUCUUAGUCAAGUUGAGCAUAAAAAAGUAUUCCUCUUUACUAAUAAAGAAGAAACCCCAGCUCUUUUCAAAGCUCUUUCUGCAAUUUAUCGUUAUCGCUUAAAAUUUGUAGAAAUAAAUUAAAGCUAGACAGAUAUUAUAAAGUAAUUUAACAUAAGUAACUUCCCAACACUAUUGGUUGCAUUUAUCAAUGAUGAUGGACAGGUAUAAGGAGUUGCAUAUUAGGAUUAGUUUAAAAUUAGCAAAAUUCAAAGUUUCCUUGAUAAAUACGCAUUGAAAGAGAAAGUAGUAGUAGAUUUUGAUAUAGAAGGUAGACAUGAAGCAGGAGAUUCUUCAAAGCAAUAAUUCUAAAGUGCUUUUAAUGAUGAAGAUGAAGAAACAAAAGAAAUUAAGGAUAAUUCAGUUGAAGAAUUAAAACAAAAUAAAUAUGAUAAAACUCUUCUUUAAAUUGAAGGAAUUGUUGUACUACACGUUUAUACAGAAAAGGAGAAGUAGCAUGCAGAAUUUCUUCCCCUUAAGGAGAAGUUAGCAGAAGCUUCUAAGUACUUUGAAUUCUUAGCAGAUACUCCUGAAAAGGUUGCAUUUGCAGAAAGUACUUUGGGUAUCAAGAGCUUCCCUAGUAUUAAAGUUUAUCCUUUCUAAGUAGAAAAGAAGGCAAAUAGUAAAUACGUGUAUGGCCAUAAUAUCAGCUCUAAAACAAUCAUAGAAGAAAUAGAUGAAAUAACUGAUGAUGAAUCUACUGGUGUUUCAGAUGAUAAAACUUUCUAAAUGCUAAUGAGUUCAGCACUCUAAGAAGGUAAAAUAGUUUAAAUUCUCUUCCAUGCUAAGCCUCGUAUUCCUCUUGGUUUCAGAUUAGCAAGUAAAGGCACUGAAUAUAAAAAGAAAUUCCGUUUCCUCAAUUACAGAAAUGCCCCUUAAUAGUUAUUAUAAUAAACUGGUAUCCACAAAGUACCAGCUGUUUCAGUUGUUUUCCGUAAUGUUCCAGAAGAAGAGAAAGAUACUCCUAUCAAGCCUGAGUAAGUCCAAGGUACAUAAUAUACUGGCAAAUUGACUUACAAGGAUUAUAGCUAAUUCUUAAACAUUUUCAUUACAAAACCUGGAGAGACAAAGACAAAGAAAAAAAUCACUGAAAUUGUCACUUAAUAAGAUUUAGAAAAUGUUUGUAUGAAAAAGUCACGUAUCUGCUUUAUUGCUCUUUUGAACGGUGAGCCUGAAUUGAGAAAGUUUAGCAACGAAGACGAUGAUGAUUAAAAAUCUAAGACAAAGUUACAAUAAUAAUUAUAGAUUUAUGAUUAGGUAAAAGAUAAAAUAGGAGACAGACCUGUUACUUUUGGCUGGAUUGAUGCAGUAUGCCAUUCAGAAAUUUUGGCUGCCUUGGAAAUAUAUGAAGAUAAUUUACCUAAUUAUAUUCUUUACAAUGGUUCUCAAAAGCAUUUCUCUGCUCUGAUUGGUAGAUUUGAUGUAGAGAAUCUUGAGAACUUUACUCUUAGAGGUAUUCAAGGUAAGACCCGUAUCCAAACUCUUCCUUAAGAGUUGAAGCUCACAGACCAUGACUGUUAAGUUUAACAUGAUAAAAUAAAGAAACAAAGAGAAGAAUACGAAAGAUAAUAGCAAUCAAAUAAUGAUUUAGAAGAUGAAAUAGCAAGAGAAAUUCUUGAAGAAGAGAGAUUAAAAAAAGAAAAGAUUGAAGCAGAAUUGAAAUCAGAAAGAUCAUCAUCAAAGAAGCGCAAAUCAAAAGGAAAAAAGAAAUAAGAUUUGUGA